AAGCCAAGUGCAUGCUACCAGCAGCUGAUCAGAGCACUUUCUCAGCCCUCCACUGUUUUGAACCAGUGAUCUUCUCUCCUUGGAUCUUGUACACUCAAGAAACAGAAGAAAGUGCAGACAGCUAGAGCCUUUCUCAUUUGAUACUCAGCACUAUUAUGUUCUCUUCAUUGCCGGAUGUCAAGUCUCAAUAUCAGAACAGCUUCAGUGAAGUACUCUCCUCCUAAGCCAAGGGACCAUCUUAAAAUCAACAAAAUAACAACGGGCCUUACACAAACAGGAAAUCUAGGUCUCUUACAGUGAAAAGCAAACAACCUGUCCUUCUGCCCUUUCCUGAAAUCUGAAUGUGAUGGCCGUGCUGCUCAUUCCCACACAGCUGUUGGCAGUGGCUCUUGCUAUUUCCCUGCAGCUGGUAAAGUCCACUCAUGGUGGUGUCUACUAUGGAAUCAAGCAGCUGCCGCCCCAGGUGCCCCAGUACCAAGCCCUCGGACAACAAGUACCUCACAUGCCGCUGGGCAAGGAAGGCAUCCCAAUGCAGCACAUGGGCAAGGAGGUGCCCCACAUGCAGUAUGGCAAGGAGUACCCCCACCUGCCUCAGUACAUGAAGGAGGUUCCCCAGGUGCCAAUGCUUGGCAAAGACAUGGGUGCCAAGAAAGAAAAAGAAAUACCCAUGCGCAGCUUAAGGGGUGAGCAAGGCCCCCCUGGUGAGCCUGGACCAAGAGGACCACCAGGGCCACCAGGAUUGCCAGGUCAUGGAGUGCCAGGAGCCAAAGGAAAACCGGGUCCGCAAGGAUAUCCAGGAAUUGGGAAGCCGGGUUUGCCAGGGAUGCCUGGGAAGCCAGGGGUGAUGGGACCACCUGGACCAAGAGGGGAGAUGGGGCCGAAAGGAGAGGUUGGGCCCAUGGGGAUACCGGGGCCACAGGGACCACCAGGACCUCAUGGACUCCCAGGAAUAGGGAAAGCGGGUGCUCCGGGGCUGCAGGGACAGCCAGGACCAAAGGGUGAGCCUGGGAUGAAAGGUCCCCCAGGGGUCCCUGGGAUCCCUGGUCCAAAAGGGGAGAAGGGUGUUGGGAUCCCGGGUUUGCCAGGGCUGAAGGGCCCACCUGGGCUGCCUGGUCCCCCUGGCCCUGUGGGUCUGCCAGGGGUGGGGAAGCCAGGUAUGGUGGGGUUCCCUGGCCCUCAGGGCCCUGUGGGCAAGCCUGGUCCCCCAGGUGAGCUGGGGCUGCAGGGGCCUCCGGGUGUCCCUGGGAUGCAAGGACCUCCUGGCCUGCCUGGUGUUGGCAAACCCGGCCAAGAUGGCAUCCCUGGUCAGCCAGGUUUCCCAGGUGGCAAAGGGGAGCAAGGCUUGCCAGGCUUGCCAGGCCCUCCAGGUCUCCCUGGGGUUGGUAAGCCAGGCUUUCCAGGCCCCAAAGGUGAGCGUGGGGUAGGUGGCCUGCCUGGUCCUCUGGGGCCCAAGGGGGAGAAAGGCCAUGCAGGGCCGCCGGGCAUGGGGGGGCCACCAGGGGAGCCUGGCCAACCAGGCCUGCCGGGCAUCAUGGGCCCUCCAGGUGCUGUUGGUUUCCCAGGACCCAAAGGAGAAGGCGGCGCUGUGGGGCCACCAGGACCGGUGGGCCCCAAAGGCGAACCAGGCCUGCAGGGGUUCCCAGGGAAGCCAGGCUUUCCUGGGGAAGUGGGAGCUCCAGGGCUGAGGGGGCUGCCAGGCCCUACUGGGCCCAAGGGAGAAGCAGGGCACAAGGGCUUGCCGGGGCUACCAGGUGUCCCGGGGCUGGUGGGGCCAAAGGGUGAGCCGGGGCUGCCUGGUGCCCAGGGCCUUCAGGGCCCCUCAGGCAUCCCAGGCAUUGCAGGGCCCAGUGGCCCUAUCGGCCCCCCAGGGCUGCCAGGGGCCAAGGGGGAGCCUGGCCAACCCGGUCCUCCUGGCUUUCCUGGCGUGGGAAAACCUGGAGCUGCAGGGCUGCAAGGCCCUCCAGGGAAGCCUGGGGCACUUGGUCCCCCCGGCCAGCCAGGUCUCCAGGGGCCUCCCGGUCCCCCUGGGCCACCUGGACCCCCAGUAAUCAUCCCCCCGACUCCACCGGCUGCGGGACAGUACCUGCCCGAGGUAGGACCAGGAAUAGAUGGCCUCAAGCCCCCCUAUGGCUAUGCAGGCAAGAAGGGCAAGGCCGGCGGCGCUGUCUACGAGAUGCCUGCGUUCACAGCAGAGCUCCUCACUCCCUUCCCCCGAGUCGGUGUGCCCGUGAAGUUUGACAAGCUCCUCUACAACGGCCGUCAAAACUACAACCCUGCAACAGGGAUCUUUACCUGUGAGAUCCCCGGGAUCUACUACUUUGCCUACCAUGUUCACUGUAAAGGUGCUAGCGUCUGGGUGGCUUUGUUCAAGAACAACGAGCCACUGAUGUACACCUACGAUGAGUACAAGAAGGGCUUCCUGGACCAAGCCUCUGGGAGUGCUGUUGUUCAGCUGAUGCACGGAGACAAGGUUUAUGUUCAGAUGCCAUCCGAGCAGGCAGCAGGACUCUAUGCUGGGCAAUACGUUCACUCAUCUUUUUCAGGAUAUUUAUUGUAUCCCAUGUAAAACAAAAACCAGACACACACACACACACACACACAUUCACAAAUCUAAGCCUUUCUUCUCUGCUUCAAACUCUUAUACCACAAAAGAUGCAUUUAAUGACCGUUUUGGACCAUUCUGUUAAAAAGAAAAUACAAAGUUUAACAUGCACAGCUAGAUAUAAAAAAAAAAAAAAAGCGUGGUGAACAUAUUUAAAGGCGUGUAUCAGGUUCAUAAACAGUUGUUUCGUACCCAAGGGGGACAUAUUAGCUGUACAUUAUAUAUUUCUGUGAUGCCGUGCUUCAUUUCAUCACAAUAAUGCAAUAUUAAGGUUCAAAUCAGUUUUUGUCACUCACUCCUGCUGUGUAUUUGACUGAUGCAUUGAUCACAGUUAUGAGAUGAAAAACAGUGACUGAAAACAGAGUAGGUCAGUCUCCAAUUACAUGGAAAAAAAUGAGUGGCUUUUUAUUUGUUUGGGGGGAUUUUGGUGGUGGUGGGUUUUUUUCAACAGCAGGGCUGCCUGACAAGCGGAGGUUCUCUUACUGGAGAGCUUUCCUUCUCUUCCCUUUAUGUAAGAUAUACCUACAGGUUCGUUUUUGUUCUUCCUAAGCAAUUUGUUUAUUAUGGAAAAAGAAUACUGACAGCAGAACCGUUCCCUGAGAGCUUUCUCCAGGGGUCUCUGGAUUCAGCACACCGCUUUACUCCAGCAGGCACUGGGUUCACCCCCAAACACCACAACACCUUCAAAAAGCCUCCAUCUGUACUCGCACCGUUGAAGCAGAUGCGGUAGAUCAGAGCAAAUGUAAGGACUUCACUGUUUGCAUUAUGCCACGUGAUUAAGACAUCAUAGCCGACACAUGGCAAUGCAGCAGGGUGGUAUAAAUUAGCAUGGAUUCCCAUAUUCGUGCUAAAAACCUGCAGUCUGUCCAGCUUGCAAAAGGGCACACAUAUUCUGCCUCUCAGCCAAAAUGGAAUCAGUUUACUCUUCCAUGACUAGGCAAAGCAGAAGUAGCUCUGUUUGCUAACUAACUAACUCAUCGCCUGAGAUCAACCAGUAACCUUACCCGCAAUGCUGAUCACACAAAUUCAUCCGUGAAUUUCGUUUUAUCUAACGGCUGAUUUCCAAUCCCUAUUUAUAUGUUACCAAUUGUCUAGGAGAAUCCGCAGGCCUCAAAUCUUUUCUGUAUCUGGGAAAAGCGACUUUUAUGCAAGAACUGUCUGUUCAUCAAUGGUGCUAAUCUCACCUCAAGAGUAGUAAUUUAAAAAACGACAGUGUCCUUCUCUGUGUUUCCCUGUACAGUGCUGCACAUCACACACUUACGUUAAGAGUUGCUCCUCACUUCCUCCAUGUCUUAGCUAACGCUACUGCUUUUGAUUCAAAAAUGAACUAGAUUUUUCAUGCAGAACUAAAAUUGGAUUUAACUGGCAUUACUGUUAUUUAAAUACAGAGUUUAAUGCAGUCUGA